CACCGGCUGUAGUUCAACGACGUAGUGAGACAGUGAAAGAGAAAAAAAAGAAAGGGAAAAGGCUGGUCAAUAUUGAAGCCUUGCCCGCUUACUUGACUUUUAACAGUCUCUUUCCUUAUUUAAAUAAUGUGGAUGGCCCGUUUGCUUUUUGUUUUCAAAUAGUUAGCCAUCACUCCAGACCAUCUCCCCGCCUUUUCACCUUCCUACCCCUCCAUACAUCCCUCCUCCCUUCACCUCUACGCCUCUCGCUUUUCUCCCUCCAUACUUCCCAAAUCUCUCAGAUCUCAUAGAAGGCUUUGUAUCCUUCUAGAAAACUCCAUCGCCCAUCAUGCCUCAGAUCACCGAAAUCUUCUUCGAUUGCGACAAUACCCUCGUCCUCUCGGAGGAACUGGCCUUCGAGGCCUGCGCCGACCUCGCCAAUGAGAUCCUGGAAAAGCACAACAUCCCCCAGCGCUACACUGGCGACCAGCUGAUCCAGGACUUCGUCGGGCAGAACUUCCGCGGAAUGAUGGUCUCGCUGCAGGCCAAGUACAAGUUUGAGAUGACCCAGGAAGAGCUGGAGGGCUACGUGAAGGAGGAGGAGGAUCGCGUGAUUGCCAAGCUGGAGGCCAAGGCCCAGCCCUGUGUCGGGGUCAUGCCAGAGCUGGAGAAACUCUACGAGUCCAAGAAAUACGGUCUCGCAGUGGUGUCGUCGUCCGCACUGCGUCGUGUCAAGGCCUCCAUCAAGAAGGUUGGACAGGACAGAUUCUUCGAGGAGGACGCUGUGUACAGCGCCGCCACCUCGCUCCCCAAGCCCACCUCUAAGCCCGACCCCGCUAUUUACCUGCACGCCCUGAAAGAGCGCAACAAGAAGCCCGAGGAGGUGGUUGCCAUUGAGGACAGCAAGUCGGGCUCCAUGAGUGCCAUCCGCGCCGGCAUUCCGGUCAUCGGUUACGUUGGCAGCUACAACGGCGAAGAGAAGCAGCAGGAAAUGGAGAAAGUUCUCAAGGACCUUGGUGUCAAGGUGAUCAUGAAGGACUGGAGUGAAUUCGAGAACUGCUUGGCUCAAAUCGAGCAAGCUUAGACGAAUCGCGAGUGCGGUUCAACGAGUCACCAGUAUUAUGCUGGAUCUUUGACAUGAUGUUAUGAUAGCGAAAGCAUUGUACUUCCAUAUUCCCCCUGUUACGAAUUCAAGGAUGCUUUCUCCAG